AUGAGAGGGGGACCGCGGCCGCUGUUCGACGACAUGCGACGAGGCAGACGCCCCGUGCGGGGGAAGCUCGGCGCAUCGCUCGUCGGCGCCGCGCUCUGCCUCCUCUUCGGCUGGAUCUACCUCUCCGGUAACGGGAGCGCGCGCGACGAAGGUCCGACGACGACGACGACGGGCACUCGACUCGAUGGCGCCGUCCCGACGCGCGUCCCCACCGUCGCCGUCGCCGAUCCGACCCCUGGCUCCUUCGCCGGCGCCGCCCGCGACGGGGCUGGGGCCCGACCCACGCGCGAACUGGACCUCUCCCGUCCGCACCAUCGCGAGGCUGCCGCGCGCGAGGCGGCAAGCGACGCAAUCGCGAAACACGCAGGCGACGAUCGGCACGCGUUGUUCGAGAAGGGCGGCACGUUCACGCCGGGCGGUGACGCGCUCAAGGCGAAAGUCGCCGAGGCCAAGGCUCGGGGUGCGCCCGCUGUGAACCUGCGCCGGGGGCCCGCGAACGACAUCGACCCGGCGGCCUACCCCGACGCUCGAGCACUCGCGACGCUCAUGCACGAUCUGGCGUUGCCGAGGGGCGAACUCGUCGCCGUCACCUUCGCGGAUAGCAAAUUCGCGGCGCUCACGGUGAACUGGGCGACGCACCUGCGCGACGCCGCGGUGCCCCACGUCGUGGGUGCCCUGGACAAGAACAUGCUCCAGCUUUUAACUCGGCUGGGGGCACCCACGGCGGUGUACGACCUACCUUACGCCGACCUGGACGGGUCGAGUGCCCACGCGUCCAAAUCGUGGAAGGCUUUCGCGCGACUGCGCAUAUCGCAGGUUAGCGCGCUGCUCCGAAUGGGGUUCGACGUCUUGAUGAGCGACGUGGACGUGGUCUGGACCAAGGACCCUCGGCCGUUCUUGCAGUGCGGCUACGACCAUCCGUGGGCGGGAAAAGACGCGGGAAAAGACGCGGGGAUAGGAUUAGGCGCGGCUGGAGAAACGGGGGCCCACGCGUUGGAGAAAUGGGAGAGGGACGCGGUGGAGAUGGAGGGCGGCGAGUCCCCCGACGAGCAGGCCAUGUUCCUGAGGAAGCACGGCCGGGGCGUGGACGACUGCAUGGGCGUGAGCGCCGCGGACGUCAUGGUAUCCAGCGAUAACCUUUCGCCGCUGUCGGACAGAAACGAAGGCGCCGCGUACGCCAGGGGCGGGAUAUUCAACACCGGCGUCGUGUUCCUCAAGCACACUAAAAACGCCAAGGCUUUCGCGGAGGCUUGGAACGAUAACCUGAACCAGGACCAAGGCAGAUUCGCGCCCCUGACGUCCGAUCAGCAGGUGUUCAACGCGAUGGUCCGUCGCGAGGGUCACUGGCCGGGUCUCGAUUUAAAGGCGCUUCCCGACGGGUUUCCCGUCACGAGGGUGCUCGUCGGAAACGGUCUACCGAACGGCGAGGCGUUCAACUUGGGGGUUUUGCCGGUGGCGCUGUUCCAGCCCGGCCACGUGGCAUUUCUGCAGAGGGUAAAAGAGGUUUUGCCCAACUUUAACGGCCCGUACGGCGUCCACGCCACGUACACGUUCGACGGCUCCACGUCGUCGGCGAAGAGGCUUCGUUUCGCCGAGGCGGGUUUGUGGGAUCCCGCGGCGGACGACGCGCAAGUGGGCCUGGGGGGCGUCGAGGCGGACGACGCGACGUUUCACGCGGGGGGCGUGCCGCGAGUCUUGACCUGGGACCCCGCCGUGGCGACGAGAGGCAUAGACGAGUCGGUUCCAAGCAUAGGGUCGCACCUGGAAGCCGGAGGGAGGCAGCUCGAGCUCCUGCGCGACGCGAUUGCGAUGGCGCAGCUCACCAACCGCACGCUCGCGGUUCCUCGGUUCACGUGUUUCUGCGACAAGGUGUGGGGCGGGCACGACAACAUCUUCAACUUCAACUGCCACUACCCGGGCAGCAAGGACAGCGGCCACAUCCCGGGCCCGUGCCCGAUGGACCAUUUCGUGUCUCCCGCCAAGCUGCGCGAGAGCGGAGUGGCCUUCGUCGCCCUCGAGGAGCUGAGGAGGGCGCCGUACGAAUUCGCCGGCGAUGACUUUGGCGCGGUGCGCGUGGAGUUUAAGAAGGACGCGGGCGGCGGCGGGGGCGGGUCGGUCGCAAACGACGCGUCCGGCGCGACGCUUCCCGUCGGCGCAGAUUCCGCCGUGGUCGUCGACGCCCUCGGUAAACUGCGCGACGUUCCUCUGCUGAAACUCACCGGCGAGAUGCCGCGGUUCGCGGGAUUCACCACGCAACGCGCGGCGAGGGAGUUCAACGCUCGCGUCACGAACGUCGCGAUGAAGUCGGCGCCGGAGUGGUGCAGCGAGUGCCACCCGCAGGGAUGCCGCGAGCUCAUCCCGGCGGAUGUCGUGACGAGCGGCAGGCUGAAGCCGGUGCGCAACGUGCACGAUCAGUUUUGCGCCGAUUUUAAGCAGCCGGAGCCGCUUCGAACGGUGGGUAAGGAGUCGUUCCUGGCGAUGGCGGGAGCCUUGGUGGACUCCGCCACGAUGACCGAGGACGACGGUCUUUGA